GUGUGUGUGCGUGUGUGUGUGUGUCCGUGUGUGUCCGUCCGGGCGCAGUUGGACCUCGUCGCGAUCGCAGCGCCCCGCCAUGUGAGGCAGGGGAUGGGCGCGGGGCAUGGCCGGGCGGCGGCGGGGCGGGCGGCGGGCGAACAUGGAGCCGCAUCCGCCGGCCGCCGUGCCCCGGCCCCCGCUGCCCUGCCGGCGGGACGGGCCGCGCCUGCAGCCGGACCUCUGGGGACCUGAAGCCGCCGAGAUCGCGCCGGGACCCCCGCCGCCGUCCCCGCCGGGGGAAGGGGGUUGCCCAGCCCCGGGGGGUCCCGUGGAGCCCCCAGCCCAGCCGGAGGAAGAGGAGGAGGACGAAGAAGAAGAGGAGGAGGAGGAGGAGCCGCGCCUCCGCCCCGUCUUUGACGCCCUGGACCGGGAUGGCGACGGUUUCGUGCGAGUGGAGGAGUUUGUCCAGUUCGCCACGGCCUAUGGUGCCGAGCAGGUAAAGGACCUGACAAAGUACCUUGAUCCAAGUGGACUUGGAGUCAUCAGCUUUGAAGAUUUCCAUCGGGGGAUCAGAGCUAUCAAGAAUGGAGAUCCCGACAGCCAGUUGUAUGAUAUGGGAUACACCCCCGAGGAGGAAGCCCCAGCCUGUCCUGAUGAGUUUGAUGACUUUGUCACGUUUGAGGCUAAUGAGGUGACCGACAGCGCCUACAUGGGCUCGGAGAGCACCUACAGCGAGUGCGAGACCUUCACGGAUGAAGACACCAGCACCCUGGUCCAGCACGAGAUGCACGACGAGGUGGAGACAGACAGUGCCAUCGACUCCACCGUGCACUCCGAGUUCACCGACCCCAGCGAGGAGCCGGAGCAGGGAUCCCAUCCUCACGACCUGCCCCUGGGCUCGGAGCUCAGCCACUCCAUCGUGACUGUCAUCAGUGGAGAGGAGCACUUUGAGGAUUAUGGAGAAGGGAACGAAGCCGAUUUGUUCUCGGAGCGUUUGCGUAACGGGGAAAGCAGCUUUACUGGCUCCUCGUUCCUCUCGCCCAGCACCACUCCUCUCGCUGCGAAGCUGCACAGCAUUCUUGCAGAUGAAGCUUUUGAGUUUUACUGUAGCCAGUGCCACAAACAAAUCAACCGCCUCGAGGAUCUUUCUGCUCGCCUGAAUGAUCUUGAAAUGAAUAGCCCAAAUAAAAGACUCUCAAGCAAGAAGGUGGCAAGGCAGUUGCACCAGACCAGUGCCCUGGCCGUGGGGGGGAUGGAGGAGUCGUACCGGGACGCGCUGGAGUGCUCGGAAGAGGACAUCACUGACAAGGUGGUCUUUCUGGAGAAGAGGGUGACGGAGCUGGAGAAGGACACGGCCGCCACCGGCGAGCAGCACAGCCGCCUCAAGCAGGAGAACCUGCAGCUGGUGCACAGGGCAAAUGCUCUCGAGGAACAGCUGAAGGAGCAGGAGCUGAGAGCUGACCAGACCCUGCUGGAGGAGAUCAAGAAGCAGAGGGAACUGCUGAGCAAAAUGGAGAGGGAGAAGAGCAUUGAGAUUGAGAACCUGCAGGCCAGGCUGCAGCAGCUGGAUGAUGAGAACAGUGAGCUGAGAUCCUGUGUCCCUUGUUUAAAAGCCAACAUUGAGAGACUUGAGGAGGAGAAGCAGAAGCUGCUGGAUGAGAUUGAAGACCUCACUGUGCAGCUCACAGAUGAGCAGGAGAAAAAGAGGAAGAUGGGGGACAAGCUGAGUCAGGAGAGGCACCAGUUUCAGAAGGAGAAGGAGUCGACGCAGGAGCUCAUUGAGGACCUCAGGAAGCAGCUCGAGCACCUGCAGCUCUUCAAACUGGAAGCUGAGCAGAGGAGGGGCAGGAGCAGCAGCCUGGGGCUCCAGGAGUACAACAGCAGGACACGGGAGACAGAGCUGGAGCAGGAGAUCAAGCAGCUCAAGCAGGAGAGGUUGGGUCCUUUCUCUGAAGGACAGCUGGUGCACGAGAGCCCCUCUCUGCUGUGUCCCUGGAAUCUCCCCAGCACAUUUCAUGUUUCCAGAGGUUCUCCAGGCUCUGCCAGGACUGAGCCAGGAGACCCUGAGCUGCUGGACAACAGGAACCUGAAGGAGCAGAACGAUGAACUCAACGGGCAGAUCAUUAACUUGAGCAUCCAGGGAGCCAAGAACCUCUUCUCAGCCUCCUUCUCUGAAUCCCUGGCAGCAGAGAUCAGCUCAGUCUCCAGAGACGAGCUGAUGGAAGCCAUCCAGAAGCAAGAGGAGAUCAACUUCCGCCUGCAGGAUUACAUCGACAGGAUCAUCGUGGCCAUCAUGGAGACCAACCCCUCCAUCCUGGAAGUGAAGUAAGGGUGGCCUUGCACUCCCUGCUGGCCGUGGAUUUACUUGGUGCUCUGAGAGGAUGAAGAAGGGACUCCAAACGUCUUUGCUCUUGAUGAAGGCACAAGGAAGCGUCGGGUCGACAUGGGGGAACUACCAGCAGGGCAGGGAGAAAGCAAACCCAGCAGCCAGGCUCUGGUGGCUGACUCUGUUGUUUUGAAGCCCUCCUGCUUUGGAGGGGUGAAAGGGAACCUGGAGAAGGAACACAGGCCAGCCUGGAGGGAGCUACCCGUGAAGCUGGGACCUGUCCCCACAGCCCUGUCACACCCUCCAGCCUCCCAACAGGAGCUGGGCACUGGGAGGGCUGCCAGGAGAGGGAAGUCUCUGCCAGGGGACUCCCAGGUUUCUCUGAACUGCAGGAUGAUGGGAUGGAGAAGGAAGCAGCAGCACUGACCUUUUCCCUCCCCAGUCCAAGUAUCUGCUUUGCCAAAGUGUCCCUGACACACUCACUCCCCGGGGUAGAGCUGGGAAAGAGGGAAACGUGUCCCAGACUUGCAGGGUUUGGGGGUUGGGUUUGUUUUUCAUUCACUUCAUGCAAAUGUCCUCCUUCAGCUGGCACACUUCAUCCUUGCCCUGCCCCUUCUGCUGGGGAAGGGGCUGGGAGCAGAGGGCUGGCUGGCUCCUCACUCCCUGGUGGCAGGAAGGGGCAGGGGAGCUGCCAGCUUGGGGACAGGGUGUCAGAGCACUUUGUCACCUGCCUCCUUAUUUAUUUUGGCUGCCCGUGGCUCCUCCCCUGGCUCUCCUGGGUGGCCAUGGCUCUGCUGCCCUCCUCCCUGCUCUGCUCUGGGUGUCUGGCCAGCCAGCCUGGCUCUGGGAGGGUUGGUCCCCCCGUCCCCAGCUGCAGGCACAUGGGUGAUGUCUGUCUGUCCAGCCUGGGGGCUGGUUGGCCAGCCAGGUCCAAGGCUGCCACUCUUCCCCCUGCACUGGAGGCUGUUCCUGCCUCUCUCCAUCCUGGCUUGGCUUGCCCGGGCUGUCCAGGGAGAUGUGGUUGAGAGGGCUGAGUCCUCCACCUUGUUCCUGACCUGGGAAUAGUGGCCUGUGCCAUUCCCACCUGGAGCAGGGCUCUGCUGGGGACCUUCCUGGAGACCUUCCUGGAGGGGAGAACCUGCUCCUGCUGCCUUUCCCUGCUGCUUCCCUGGGCCAGGGCAGGGGAUGGAUGGAGCUGCCGUUCCCACCUCUCAGCAGCAGCCCGGGCUGACAUCUCUGGUGCCCUCGGAAGAGAAGAGCCCAGAGAAUCAUCCAAGAGCAGCUUCCCGGGAAAAACAAAAGCCAUGUUUACAUCGGGCAGCUUUUGGCAGCCGAGCAGCCCCUGGAGGGACCGGGUUAACCCUCCUGCUCCUCCUCUCCAGCUCCCGGGAGGAGCCAACCAGCGGCUUCCCGAAAGGAUCCGGCUUCACCUCGGCUCCCGAAUCACCAAGAAAAAGCCCUUUCUUUGGUUUUUUUUUCCUGCUUGUCAGGUUUUGGAAAGGCCGGAGUGGCCUGAAAGCAGAAGCCACGAGGAUCCCUGGGCUGCUGGUGUUGGGGGGGCUGGGAGCUCCUGCUCCCCCCUACAUCGCUUCCAUGGGGCUGGCACAUCCCUCCUCCUGCACAGCAGGGCACCUUGUCCCUGGGGGUGGCAGCUGCCGCAGCCUUAGACCCUGUAGGGGGGUUCCCUAGUCACUUGGGGGGUCCCCAAGUGGCUGGGGAGGGUCCCCAAGUGGCUUGGGAGAUCCCCAAGUGGCUGGGGGGGGGUCCCCAAGUGGCUUGGGAGAUCCUC